AUGGCCGAAACCUCGGGCACCGCAGCCCCCGCCACGACGGCCACGGCCGCACCGACGAGCGCAACGACUCAAGGUCUUAACCAGCCGGAAGAGGCUCUUGAGGCUGACGAGGGAUUUGCUUCCGACAACGAUUCAUCCAUCGAUGACCGGAUGAUUCUCGACAUCGGCACCGGCACGGGCAUCUGGGCUGUUGAAAUUGGUGACAUUUUCGAGAAUGCCGAGGUUGUCGGAAACGACUUGAGCGCCAUCCAGCCCGAGUGGGUCCCUCCAAACGUCAAAUUUGAGAUUGACGACGUUGAGAGCCCCUGGGUCGGGAACAAAAAGUACGACUACAUCAUGUGCCGGUACAUGGCCGGCUCGAUCGGAGACUGGCCGAGACUGAUAAACAACAUUUACGACAACCUCAACCCCGGAGGCUGGGCCGAGUUCCAGGACAUGAGCACCGAGUACUACUCGGACGACGGCACGUAUACGCCCAAGCACGCCACCCACGACUGGAACCAGACCUUUGUCAAUACCCUCAAAAGCAUGGGCCGCGAGCCUUGCCCCGGCCCGCAGCUCGAGGGCUGGGUGCGCGCCCACAACGGCUUCAGCCACGUGUUCCACCAGAAGUUCAAGACGCCCAUCGGGCCCUGGGCCAAGAACCAGCACCAUAAGGAGCAGGGAAUGCUGAACCUGGUGCAGAUCCUCGAGGGCCUCGAGGCGUUCUCGCUGAAGCUCUUUUGCGGCGUGCUCGGGCGGACCAAGGAGGAGGUCUUGGUGCAGCUCGCCGCCGUGCGGCAGGAGUUGAAGAGCGGCGCGUUUCAUUCGCUGCUGGAUCUGUGA